AUGCUCUUCGGAAGGCAUCCAUUUUAUGAUACUGACCGAUCAUUUCCUGAUGAUAUUGAAGUAUCACAUGCUGCUAAAAAUCUUAUUUCUGGAAUACUCAAUCCAGAUUAUAAUUCUCGUCUCACACUUACCGAAAUCCGCCGACAUUUCUUUUUCCGUGGACCGACACCCGUUAAACUGCCGAUUUCCGCCUUGUGGACCGCACCGAAUUACGACGACGUUCUUUCCAAAUCCGAACAGUUAACAGGAACUCUUAAUCCCCGACCAAAAAUACCAAAACUGUUGUAG